GGGUGGGUGGGGGAAGGUGUGGAAAGCCUGGCUCAAGGUUUUACAUGGAGAGCGAUCUGGGGCUUUCAAGGGAGGGGGGACGUGAAAAAUGCUUUCAUGAGAUUGUCUAAUGUCAGAUUCGCUGUUUUGUUUGAGACUGCCACAGAUAAAGUCAGUACGGCCUGGUGGCCCAGGGGGUAGGGGUCACCACUUGUGUGAGCCAUAUAAGCCCAAGGAGACUGGGCAGGGUCUUUGGGGAUAGUUUUGAUGAGCACAAAUGGGCUUGAAACUUGGUGGGGGAGGCAGUGGGGAUGAAAGAUAAGGGACAGCUGUGGGUUCAGGGAGACUGUCCUCGCAGGAAAGGUGGGCCUUGCACCUGCUCGCCUCCAGGUGCUGGUGGACAGGCACAGACCCAGCCUCCUGCUUGCAUUGGGAAGGGCACCCAGUGGCCAGUUGGAGGUGCAGCUUCAGUGGGAGGGGGAGGGUUCAGGUUCAGGGUGGGGCUCGUCUGAUCCAGGUGGAGGUUACAGCCCCACUGUGUGGCCCAGGACAGGCCUGGGGGAGGGGGCAAGGGAGAGCCCUGGAGGAGCUGCCCCAGGUUGGUGCUUAGAGAGGUGCCUGCUGGCACGUGGCACUGGGGGUCAGGCCAGAGUGGGGUGGGCCAGGCAAGGUGGCAGACCUUGAUCUGGGCAGGCAGAGGUCAGCCUGUUGCCACUGCCCUGGCGAAGGCUUGGGGGAGCAGCCCCUCCUGGAGCCCAGUGCUCACCUCCAGCACUCGCUUCUGGUGCACUGAGCCUCACUUCAGUGCUCCUGACCCAUGCCCCCAGCAUCCUCCGGUACGUCCUACCCUGUACUCCCAGCCCUGUGCCCCCAUCCAGAGCGGAAGAGGGGCCCUGCCCUCUCCUCUUACAAAACGGAGUAGCCCUUGAUCAAGGCCUCAGUGGGGCUCCCCUGCCAGGCUUCCUGGGGAGAAACAGCUGUGGGCUGGAGGCACCAGGGGCACAGCCGUGUGGGCUCUAGGGCUCUGGUUCCAGGGAGGCCCUGGGGUACACCCUCCUCUGGGCCAGGCACCCCUCCCCUACCUGCUUCGUUCAAACGGGCAGAGACUGGAGGGUCUGUAGCAGUGGAAGUUUCCUCUGCCCCGGGCCUAUCUUUGUCGGGGGCAUGAGAGGUGGCCUUUGGCCUGAGCCCUAGCCCAGCCCCUGGGUGCACAGGUGGGGGCUGGGCUCCUGCCUGAGCCCUCCUCAUGGUUGGGUUUGUUCCCCAAGGGGGUUUUUCAGCCCUGGAAGGAUACAGGACCCCUGAGUUAACGGCCAGGCUGUGAUUUUUCAGAAACUUGAGAAAAGCAAGGAGGCCAGGUCCCACCCAGGGAGGUGUUGGUCAGGCCAGGGCUCAGGCCUGGGAUCCUUCCCCACAUGACUUGCAUGGCCAGUGAGGGGACAGAGGUGCAGCUGGGUGUGGGGUUUUGCAGGGCGCUGGAUGAGCGACUGAGUGAGGCCAGCCUCAGUGCCCUGCCCUGCAUCCUGUGGACGCCCAGGGUGGACUCUUUCUAUGGCUCCAAUGUCUCUGUGUAGCCAGGGCAUGGCAGCAGCCAGAGGCCCUGGAACAAUGCUGGGGAUCCUUGCCUGGGAGUGCCCGCCUCCACGAAGCUGAGCCCCUCCAGCAGCCCAAGGGGCAGGCCUGUCAGUGGUCCCCGAAGCUCUGCCCGCUAUAGGCCAAGUGGCCCUUCUCAAUUGCAUACCACUGUCUUCUUCCAGCUCUGCCACCGCCUUCAGGAGUCCUUGUUCAGCUCUGACAGUGGCUUCAGCAACUACCGUGGCAUCUUGAACUGGUGUGUGGUGAUGCUGAUUUUGAGCAACGCUCGGUUGUUUUUAGAGAACCUCAUCAAGUACGGCAUCCUGGUGGAUCCCAUCCAAGUGGUGUCUCUGUUUCUGAAGGACCCCUACAGCUGGCCCGCCCUGUGCUUGGUUAUUGUGGCCAACGUCUUUGCUCUGGUUGGAUUCCAGGUUGAGAAACGUUUGGCAGUGGGGGCCCUGACGGAGCGGGCAGGGCUGCUGCUGCACGUGGCCAACCUGGUCACCAUUCUCUGCCUGCCAGCGGCAGUGGCCUGCCUGGUGGAGUCCAUCACUCCAGUGGGCUCCGUGUUGGCGCUGUUCGUGUAUACCAACCUCUUCCUUAAGCUUUUCUCCUACCGCGACGUGAACCUGUGGUGCCGUGAGCUCAGGGCCGGGGCCAAGGCUGGUGAGAGGCAGCCAGGGGCUGGGGCCCGCACGGUCAGCCUGAGGGCCCAGCUCGGGGCCUCUGCAGACAAGAAGGCCAACGGGGCUGCAGCACAGCCCUCCGUGAGCUACCCAGACAACCUGACCUACGGAGACCUGUACUACUUCCUCUUUGCCCCUACCCUGUGCUACGAGCUCAACUUUCCCCGCUCGCCCCGGAUCCGGAAGCGCUUCCUGCUGCGGCGGCUCCUGGAGAUGCUGUUCUUCACGCAGCUUCAGGUGGGGCUGAUCCAGCAGUGGAUGGUCCCCACCAUCCAGAACUCCAUGAAGCCCUUUAAGGACAUGGACUACUCCCGUAUCAUCGAGCGCCUCCUGAAGCUGGCAGUCCCCAAUCACUUCAUCUGGCUCAUCUUCUUCUACUGGCUCUUCCACUCCUGCCUGAACGCCGUGGCUGAGCUUAUGCGGUUUGGAGACCGGGAGUUCUACCGGGACUGGUGGAACUCGGAGUCGGUCAGCUACUUCUGGCAGAACUGGAACAUCCCUGUCCACAAGUGGUGCCUCAGAUGUGUACGUAUGGAUCUAGGUUUCCAUCCCAUCGUGGUCCCUUCUGUCUGCAGACACUUCUACAAGCCCAUGCUCCGAAAGGGCGUCAGCCCAGGGAUGGCAAGGAUAGGGGUGUUCCUAGCCUCUGCUUUCUUCCACGAGUACCUGGUGAGCAUCCCCCUGCGGAUGUUCCGUCUCUGGGCGUUCACGGGCAUGAUGGCUCAGGUCCCGCUGGCUUGGAUCACUGGCCGCUUCCUCCAGGGCAACUAUGGCAACGCUGCCGUGUGGCUAACGCUGAUCAUUGGGCAGCCGGUGGCGGUGCUCAUGUACGUCCAUGACUACUACGUGCUCCACCAUGAGGCUGCGACGACGGGCGCCUGAGCCUUCCGGCUGCCCACUCCUGCCCACCACCCACCGCCCAGAGCUGGGGUGGGGAUGGGGGCGACUCCCCGCAGGCCUCCUGUCCUCCUCCCUGCCAGGAGGCCUCUGCCAGUACGGGACCCCCGUCCCACUCAGGAAUCACACUGUAGCAGGGGGCGGGUGGGUAGGGCCACCGCCUGCGGUUUCUACAGAUUGUGCUCACUGGGCUGCGUGUGUUAUUAAAGCGCUGUCUGGAGCGAG